ACUUCUACAAAAAUAAGGUGGAUAGAGAUGUAUGGUGAUCAAGUGAAGGGUGCUGGAAAAAGGUCGGUAAAGGAGAGACUUAAUGGCAACUCCUUCGUUAACUAUAUUCCCCAUCGUCAAAUCACUGGCAAGAGGCAGAGGCAGGAUGAGAAGUGGGAAUAUGAUCUUUACCAAGAUGUACCUCAAGUUUCAAAUAGCAAAGUCGAUGUUCGAGAUCUUCGAUUGAAGCUCCAAAGGAAAAGUCUCCAACAGGUUUCUCAAAGUGGAAGGGGUGCUCUCUCAGGUGUGCGUGAUCUUCGUGACAAAUUAUCUGGAACAAUGAAUCCGAGGCCAGUAAAUGCUGAUCCACCAAAAUUAACAUCAGAUGCUGCCAAACCAGCCAAGAGAACUGUAGCGGUUGAAACCUCUGAACUAGAGCCCAAAAAGGCUGCAACUACAACGACAAAGAAGAAGGCUCAGCAAAAGGCUGAUGCAUCAGUGGAGGACUUCCUCCAGUCUUUGGGUCUUGAAAAAUAUGCGAUUACUUUUCAAGUUCAGGAAGUUGAUAUGACAGCUCUUGUACACAUGACUGAUGAUGAUCUGAAAGCAUUAGGCAUACCAAUGGGCCCAAUAAAGAAGAUAAUUCUGGCAUUGGAAUCAAGAGGCUGACGUUCAGAGUUCUAGCAAAUGGUUGUUGCUGGUCUGGACAUUCCUACUAGAUUAGCUGGACUGUGAUUGGGCUUAUAAGGCCAUGCAUGUAACGGUUCUUCUUGGUACCCCCCCCCCCGGGGUUCAGCUUUAUUGAAAAAAAAUGGCUUCAUGAUCUUGUUGAAAUCAAAGGAUGGAGAAACGUUAGGUUGCAAGUAAGUAGGAUCCCUUUUUCCCUUUAAGGGGUUAAUGUUAUGUGGUGCAUUUUGUUAAUCAAGUAAUUGCUUUUGGAUGCAUGUUGGGAUAUUGAGUGAGGCAAAGCCCUAUGCAAUGGUUAUGAUGAGACAAGGGAGGAAGGAAUGCAAGCUUUUGGAUGCAUGUUGGGAGAUUGAGUGAGGCAAAGCCCUAUGCAAUGGUUAUGAUGAGACAAGGGAGGAAGGAAUG